AUGUCUCCAACGCUGACAAAUGUUACAACAACGACGGCGACCACACCGAUUGGACGAGCCCAUAUUGAUAAUCCAAAUCGACGCAAUAAACCACAAUCGAAUGCCACAGCUAUUGGAGCAUUUCUAUUCACAUCGGCUGGCAUGAAUAUGGCCAUGGGUCUGGGUUGGACGGAAAGUGCCGUGUACACAUGGACCAAGCAUUAUUGUUAUUCAUGGUUUAUGGGAGUAAUUAUUGGUGCCAUAUUUUCCAUGCCUCUUUCACAAUUUAUGAUGGCCAAAAAGAAGUGGAUAAUGGCUACUGCAGCAACCAUGGUACUCGUGGAUGGUAUUCUCUUUAUAUCCUUUCCCACCGACUACAAAGCCAUUCUGGCAGCAAGAUAUCUCAAUGGCAUGGCCAUUGGCCUGAUAACAGUACCAUUCCUAGUGCAUGCAAGUGAAAUCGCCGUCGAUUCGUUUCGUGGCAGCUGCCUAAUGACCGAACAAUAUUCCCUAACCUUUGGCAUAGCAAUACAAAUGAUUUAUACCUCGUUUUGGCCCAGCAGUGUUGAGUUUCCGGCAAAUCGUUUACAUGGAAUUUUCGAUAUCGUGUUCGGUGUAUUCGCUUGGGUGUUUCUCUCCUAUUUUAUUGAAUCACCAAUAGAUUUGAUACGCAAAGGUGAUGAUAUGGCAGCACUAGAUUGUUUGGCUCGUCUGCAAUAUCCUCAAAUAAUUACGGCCCGGACUCAUGCCCAGCUGGAACAGCAAAAGUAUUAUUUCCAAGAGGAAAAAUAUCGCUCUUGGUGGAAAUGCGUGGGCCGAAGCGUAUUGCCUUUGGUGAAAAUGUUCUUUUUCCGCAGUGCUUUGUUGGCAUUUUCCUACAACCUGCCGCUGAAUUUAACCCUACGUUAUAGUGUUCUGAUCAAUGAGGCUAUUUGGUCGGGUACCGUUGCUGCAAUUUGUCGUAUUUUUGGUGCCUUCUUGGCAUUCAUUAUGGUUGAUCAUGCAGCCCGGAGAAUACCCUCUGCUUUGGCGGCAAUCGCCAUAGGCAUUCUACUAAUAUUGCAAGCCAUGUGGUUUGAAAAUCUGCUGGCCAAUAGUUUUGAUUUGAAGGAUCUGAAAAUCAUUAUGGCUCUCUAUAUGCUGAUACAAGCCUUUGCUGGAUUUUUUAGCUGCUACACUUCGGUAUAUUUGGCAGAGGCAUUUCCAUUGCGAACGAAACCAUUUUUUAUGACAUUCUCCGUGGUCGGUGAACAGCUGUUACAAACUAUUUUUAUUUUAAAUAUUUUUCGAAAAUUGAGUAAUGUUAUAUUGGUUCAGGGUGUGGUGGCCUUGAUAGCGGGUGUAGCCUUUUGGUUUACAAUGCCGGAGACAAAAAAUACAACGCUGUCAGAGGCUCAAGAGAAAUUUCGUAAAGUAUUUAGUUUUAAGCGUAAGGAGAGUGUAUCCGAAGCGUAA